AUGGAGGCCCCGGGUAUCGCCGAGGGUGCAAGAGGAGUCCCGGCAAACAUGUACGCGAUGCCGCUUAGCCGCGCCAUGGAGUACGGCUUUGUGGCGCACUACAACCACACCGGCGACCCCGCGACGGACCGGCACGCGAACAACCUCAGCUUCACGAGCGAGCAGCUUUGGUGGCUGGCGACGAACCCCUUGUCGCUGCAGGUGCACUUGAACGGCUGGGGCGGUGUCGGGUGGGACGCAGCGGCGCUGCCGCAGCUGCUGCCGGCUUUGGUGUGGGCCGCCAUGCUCGUCGUGGCCCGCUUCUUUUUCCGGCGGGAGAUCGCGCGGCUCGGCCUGUACCUGCAGGUGGUGGUGCCGAGCAGCGGCCCCAAGCGGGUGGACGAAGGCAGUGGCGCCAAGGCGGCCCACCUGAGCCGGGGGCAGCGCAACAAGCUGAGGAAGUUCCAGACCCAAGUCUGGCUUGCCGUCACCUACACCGCGUCGACCCUGUUUGGGUACAUGGUGCAGCGGGACGAGCUGUGGUUUGGGCUCCCGCUCAGCGAGGCCAACCGCAUCAACAUCCUUUCGCCGCACCCGUACCGCCCUGGGCUCUGGCUGCUGCUCUACUACCAGUACGGUCUCGGCUUCUACCUUGCGGAGUGUUUCUUGCAUCUUGUGGACCGCGACAUAAAGCGCUCGGACUUCUUGGAGUACCUCGUCCACCACGUCGUGACCAUCGCCCUCAUCGUUCUCUCGCACUGCAGCUACGAGCACCGCUUUGGUGCCUAUGUUCUCUUCAUCCACGACGUCAGCGACGUCUUGCUCGCAGUGAGCAAGGCGCUGAGCUACGUCGUGAAGGCGGCGGAGGAGCGGGAGCAGAGAGCCGCGAGAAACGGAGGAAGGCGCACUGGGCCCGCAGAGGCCCCGGCAUGCCGCCUGUACAAACUCGUCUUCAGCAACACAACGGUGCUCAUCUGCUUUGCCGCAUUCGCGGUGUCGUUUUUCUUCCUGCGCCUCGUUUGCCUGCCGACCCUCGCGUUGGCCAGUGCUGGGCUUGCGGUGAAGCUGCGCACGUGCACAGUGUGCUACUGGGUUUUGGUGUUUCUCCUGCAGGUGGUGCUGCAGGGGCUGCAAGUGUACUGGUUUUCGUUGAUUGUGAGGCUGGCGGUGCAAAUGAUUUUUGGUGGCCCGCUCACGGACAUCCGCUCCGAGGACGACGAGGAGGACGACGAGGACGAGGAAAAAAUGACGGCGUCGUCGAGGAAAACGGCGGAUGGAAAGGCGCUGUGGAGUGCGCAUUGGCGUCCAGUUGCCUGCCUCUCUGUGGUUUUCACGAUGAGUAUGCUUUUUUGCGUUGGCCUCUUAGUUGAUUAG